GUCUUCUUUGCCUUAUGAAGUAUUUGCUACUAUACUUACUUAUUUGGACUAUAAAGACUUAAUACAGUCUCAACUCACUUGUCGUAGUUGGUCAAAAGCUUCUCAAGCAGCAAUAUAUGGCAAAGUAGUUAUCAACAGCACUCACCAGAUCGCGACAUUCAUACGUACCAUAGCCAACGCAACCUUUAUUGGAAGACUGGUGAAACGGCUGUAUAUCAACGAUGUAUUUGAUCCAAAUGAUAUUGUCUGGGACAAAUCAGACUAUUUUACACAGUUGGUCAUUUAUUGUCCAAACCUAGAAGAAAUCAAACUGUCAGAUACGUGUGGUGCUUUCUGGUCAAGAGUUAUGCGAGAACGAUAUGAAGGCAACUGGAAGUAUUUAAAUAUGUUACAGUAUCCUUUUGAUGAUAAAGAGAUAGAAUCAUACAACUAUACAGUAUUAGCCAUUCGAGAUACAGUUAAACAACUCAUGAUAUGUGACAGCUUAUCUAACGCAGCACCUAAUUUCCACACCAAUCAGUUCAGCAUGAUGAUGAACAAACUGAAUGAAUUCAAGCAGCUUAACAAGCUGGAUAUAAGAAACCAUACAAAUAGUCCUUUGACUGAACUUGAUUCAAUGCUAGACAAAUGCGUCCAACUAGAGGACCUCAGCAUCACAUUACAUCCUAUUGAUCUUGCUUCAGAACCAUUCUCACAAGAAACCAGUCAAGUCAAUGUCAAGAAACUCAAGCCAAUGAAGAGUGUGAAACAGCUUACUUUAAACAUGCUUUUAAACUCACAAGAUGCACUCCCUUAUGUUAUGUACAAGUUCCCCAAUGCCAAGCACCUGAAUAUUAACUAUUUCUAUGUGUUUUCGCAAUUGGGUGUAGAACAAGAACCCAAGCCAUUCUAUACCACUGAAUUUUUAAGAGCAUUCUCUGCUUAUUUACAGCAGAUGGAAAGUGUGCAUAUUGACGAUAUUCAAGCUCAAAACUUGCUUGAUGUUGUACGUUGCUUACAAGCAAACGCGAAUGAAAUUCGGCUAGUGGUAGAUGUGCUAUUUGAAGAAGAAUUCACUGGAUCAUCCAUAGAUACAUUAGGCAUCAAAUUAGGCUUCAAGCCUGUGCCAAGAAUGAACUAUGUAUCAAAGAUUGGCAAUCACUCAUUGAAUUUUUUGAAUAUUUUGCGUGAGACAGCAAACGUGCUUACCAGCUUGAAAAUCGAAUGCUCAAAACUGGAUGAACCUGAUUUUAUCAGUCAAGAUAUGGACUUUAGACACUUAUAUUAUGGUUAUUUCUUGGACGAUAUCUUUACUUCUUGUCCCAAGCUGAAGAGUCUAACACUGAACGAUACUACCUUAAUGAAGCUUAAUCCUGAAGCCGGCAUUAAUCAUUCUAUCGAGACAGUCAAGUUCUUUUUGGUUAGAUUUGACCUACAUGUUUUGUUUCAACUGUCAGUUCGUCUUCCUGUCUUAAAGUAUUUGACAAUUGAUAUUUGGAGCAAUUGUGGCAGUGAAGGUCAACAUAUUCCUGAUUCAAACAAUCACUAUUUUGUUGACAUGCCUUACACUUCUUUUAACACAUUUUCUUUUCUUGAUGAACACAGGAGAUAUAGCGACCAAUUCUUUAUGAGGUUAUGUACAACCAAAGGUGAAAAGUAUUAUAUAGGUAGCCGGGACCGACUUGCUGAAUCCGAUUAUCGUGUCUAUAAUGAGGCCAAAGUAGUGAAAAGUCUCUUAAGUUUUGAUAUUCGAUGUAGAAGCAUAAAAAAGAUAGGUGUUUAUGUCAGCACAAUUUAUGUUUUACAUGAAAUCACAUAAAAUAAAACUCAUUGUUUGGGUUCACAGAA